AUGGGACAAAACUGGAAAAGACAACAAAAGCUCUGGAAUGUUCCACAGCUUCUUUUCAUUCGAGUUCCUCACUCCAUCUAUGAUACUUCCUUACUAAAGGACCUCAACCAAGGGCAACAGCGCUACUUUUACAGCAUUAUGAGGAUUUACAACUCCAGGCCCCAGUGGGAGGCCCUGCAGACCCGCUACAUUCACAGCCUUCAGCACCAACAGCUGCUUGGUAAUUUCUCUCAUUUCUUUCCCUUACGCUAUAUUACUCAACGGGAAGCCUUGUCUUAUGCUCUUGUGCUUAGAGAUUCAACCAAGAGAGCCUCAGCCGAGGUAGCUCCUCAAAGAACCAUUUCACGGAAAACUUCAGCCAUGACAAGAAGAUGUCCAUCAGUACUACCUGUAUCUGUGGUUCUACUUAGGGCCCAAAGUAAAAGGGGCCAAAUGCUCAGGAACUGA